AUGGCGGACACCACAAGUACAAACAUCCCACCCACUUCUCCUCAGCGAAACAGGGGGUCAAACAGAAAUCAGAGCGGCCGGAGAGGGCGUGGUGGUGGCCAAAGCCCAUCCAUGACUUCGAAUAGCGAGUCGCAGCGUGGGAACCGUGGACCUGGUAGGGGACGCGGUGGCGGAAGAGGUGGGCGGGGCGGAAGACAGUCACGGAACCAAGGAGCGCGGCUGUGGGAUAGACGGUCGACUCCAGACGGUGAAGAUGCCAGCGGUGAGCCACCAGACCGUGAUCUUCGAGGGACUGGCACCUCCGGUGAUCGCCUGACCGGAGAUGCCAAGGGUUCUGAGGGCGAGGGCAGCAGGAAGGCUAAGCUUUCCUCGGACGACGAUGCCGCAGGUGACGCCGAUGAUAGUGAGAUCUGCUUCAUCUGCGCAUCCAAGGUAGAACACAUGUCUGUCUCUCCGUGCAAUCAUCGAACUUGCCAUAUCUGUGCGAUCCGCUUGAGAGCGUUGUACAAGACCAAAGGUUGUGCACAUUGCCGUACGGAAUCGAGUUUCGUGAUAUUUACAAACGAGCGUGCGAAGCGAUUCGAAGAGUUUACGGAUAGGGAUUUCAUAAGGACGGAUGAUAAUCUAGGUGUCAAAUACGAGACGCAAGAGAUCUUUGAGGACACGGUUUUGCUCCUACGCUACAAUUGCCCUGAUAAAGAUUGCGCCGUCGCCUGCCUAGGAUGGCCAGAUUUGCACAGGCAUGUAAAGAGCAAGCACGGCAAGGUUAUGUGUGACUUGUGUACAAGAAACAAAAAAGUUUUCACACAUGAACAUGACUUAUUCUCAAUAUCACAGCUCCGAAAGCAUGAGAAAUACGGAGAUGAUAAUCCUGGGGCGCUCGACCAAAGUGGAUUCAAAGGCCACCCAGAAUGCGGCUUUUGUCGUCAGCGAUUCUACGGCGAUGAUGAACUCUAUGCGCACUGUAGGGAUAAGCAUGAGCGCUGUCAUAUCUGCGACCGGCGGGCUGGCCGCGGUCAACCGGAGUACUUCAUUGACUACAACGCGCUUGAGGAGCACUUCAAUAGCAAUCAUUUCCUUUGCCUCGACAAAGAAUGCCUCGAAAAGAAGUUUGUGGUUUUUGAAUCACAGAUGGACCUGAAAGCGCAUCAACUUGAGUGUCACCCUGCAGGCCUUUCCAAGGACGCAAGAAGAGACGCCCGGCUUGUGGAUAUGUCAACAUUUGACUUUAGAGAACCGUACCAACCACAGCGCGGACGCCGCGAAGGGAGGAGGCCACUGGGACGUGAUCCUAACUCGGAACUUCUUCCUCCAUCCAGUGCUCAGCCACUAAGAAGAGACGAAAUUGCUUACCAACGACAGCUGGCUAUCCAGAGUGCACAGUCGAUCUCCACGAGGUCGUUUGGUGGUCAGCUUACUCAAAGUCAACCGCAACCUGCCCGACCCUCGCCCCCUGCGGCACCAGCUGCGCAACCUCAACUUCCAGCACCAUCUCUUCCACCUAUUGAAAACGUUGAUCUUAACACACCCUCUUCUAGUCCUCAGGAAGAAGCUCGACGUAUUGCGCACACCACUGUCUUGGAUCGAGCAUCCUCGCUCUUACGCAAUGAUCCUCGGAAAAUCAAUGAAUUCCGAAAUAAAGUCUCAUCAUAUCGGUCUUCCAGUAUUGGGGCAAAUGACUUGAUCGAAUCUUUUUUCUCUCUUUUCGACGCAUCUUCGACUGAAUUAGGAAAACUCGUUAAAGAGUUAGCCCAUUUGUAUGAAGACGAGUCGAAGAGAACUGGCCUUUUAACAGCUUGGAAUGAUUGGCGAGCUAUCAACGAAGACUACCCUGCCCUUCCUGGUCCAAGCGGUACUCUUCCUUCCACCAGCUUGGCCAACGUCGGAGGCGGCAAACGCGUUCUUCGUCUCAAGUCAUCCACCGCACAAUCAUCUCGGUCCGCAGUUGGGCAGAAUCCCCGUCUGCCAGGUCUUCUCAAUCCCAACAGCACAUCCAACCCGUUCCCAUCCCUUCCCAACCCAUCUACUACAAAAUCCCAAAAGCUUAAAAGCGCCAGCCGAGUUUGGGGCACAGCACCAACCCCACCAUCUUCUACGCCCAAAAUCUCUCCGACCCCAAGCCGCUCUGCAUCUCGUCCGGCGAUACCAACAGUCGGUAUAGCAACUAAUUCGGACGCUUUCCCGGCUCUCCCUGCGGCUCCGAAGCCCAACGUUUUGAUGGCAGGCCUCACACGCGGUACAGUUAGAUGGGAGGAUCGAAAUGAAAGUCGACCUCAGGUGUGGGGUGCCGCAGCGAGCAAUCCGACUCCCGCGGAAGCGGACAUCAGUGGUGCUAGUGGCACUAGCUCAAAGGGUAAAGGGAAGAAAGGAAAGGGAAAGCAGGUGUUGUAUCAUUUCGGAUAGAUAUGAUUUCUCAGUCCUGCCCUGCUUUUGCACACUAAAAAAGUGCUUUUUUCUUUUUUCCCUUUUGUUUUUUUGUCUUGUUGGUUCUCCAGCUGCAAUUAUCCUCAUGCAUCAUGCUCAAGGGGUGUUGUCAAAUAAUCGAGCUCGAUAUAAAUUCUCUUGAAGAGGCGUUUGAAGAUGUAGAUGGGGUUUAAUUACGCUGCAUUAUAAACUAGCAUAUGAGCGUACUUCUUCCAUGUCUUAUAUCCGGGCCCUUUUUUCACCCUAUUCGUACUUUGCGAUACUCCACGAUCGAGUGAGGUAUCACCUAUAAAGUGCUAAAGGUCCCUAAUUCGUUUUUCGGGAUACCUGAAUAAAUGCUACUUUAUAAACUGCGGAGGGAGAUUAUGUAUGUACUGUACAUACAUACGGUAGCAAAUAGUGUUGAGACACAAGCCAUGGCAGCAAUACUCAUGUUCAGUUCCUUCGUCCUGAUUUCCAGCCUCACCAGAAACAAUCCCGCGUCAGGAAAAUGCCUUGUUAGGCAUGAUCGGACUGGUGACAUCCGUCAUUUCAUCAGAAUCUAUAGUUGAGCUAUUUUUGUCAUCAUCGAGCAUGGGAGUAUCCUGCAGUCCUGUUUGCCCAACACUAUUUUCGUUUACUUCUUCGUCCAUAACCAUAGCAAUUUCUGCGUCAAGCGCUGCCAUUCGCAAAGUAAAGUCGUCCUGCAAUUUCUUAAGCCAUUUUCUCAAUUCUUCUCCCUCCAUUACUCCAUCCCUUGCUUGAAGGAGUUGUUCACGCAGUGCAAGUAGAAGCUGUCUCCGUUUGGCUAUUGCAAUCGCCUUUGGAUUAUUAUGUCUCUUUGCUGCCCUUAAACUCAGCUCCUCUGAUACGGUUUGCGCAGUUUGUAAGAUUUUGGGGGGGAAGGGCAUGAGCUUUGCAAGCGAAAGACCAUAGUGCUUUUCCUUGACAUAGCCGUCAGCAAUCUUGUACAACAUCGUCAUUUUCGACGUUGGUGCAGACAUCUCCACGGCCAAGUGCAAAUUGACGACACCGUUUCUAUGGGCCAUGAUUCGAGCCAAAUCGGUAAAGUGGGUCGCAAACCAAACAAGAGCAUGACUAUCCACGAGCGCUUCAGAUAUCGCAAUGGCAAUAGAGAGGCCAUCGACUGUACUAGUGCCACGGCCGAGUUCGUCGACGAUAGCCAUGCUUCUGGGUCCAAUGUUACGAAGAAUGAAAGCCAUCUCUCUCAUCUCAGCAGAAAAAGUGGAGAUAUUGGCUUCAGUGUUGUCAUCAGCAGAAAUACGUGCAAAAAGCUGAGUAACUAUGGGAAAAGAAGCAUACUGUGCAGGCACGAAGCAGCCAAUUUGAGCCAUCACAGACAUAAGGGCGAUCGAGCGUAUAUAUGUGCUUUUACCGCUCAUGUUGCACCCGGUAACAAUUUGAAAUCGUGAUUGCUGUGUAGCAUAAGCAUCAUUAGGAAUAAAUUUGUUCGAAUGUAUUUUUUCCCGG